CGCAAUAUUUUCUUUACCGUAGCUGCAUGGGUCCCACCACCAUCAAACUCCAUCUCUCUCUCAAACUGCCAUGUUUUUUGGUUUUCCGCUUUCACCUUCUAUUCUCCGACCCCAACACCCACUGAUUGGAGUAACUGCCUUUGGUGGGUGAAAUGCAAGCUGUGGAGAGGAUAGGGAGCUUUAUCACCCGCGGAGUUUCGACUGUUUCAAUGCCGUUCAUCCCUUAUGGUGGUGCUGUGGACAUUGUUGUAGUUCAACAAAAAGAUGGCAGCUUCAAGUCCUCUCCUUGGUUCGUUCGUUUCGGGAAACUCCACAGGGUUCUCAAGGCUGAUGAGAAGAAGGUUAGCAUCAGUGUCAAUGGAUCCGAAGCCGGUUUCCACAUGCACAUGAACCAUAAAGGGGAAGCCUUCUUUUUGAGGGAUACACAUUGUGAACAACAAGGGGAUGAAGAUUCCGGAUCUAGCGAAUCAUCAUCGUCCGGCGAAGAUGCUGAUGUUGUCCUACCAUGGGGCAGGAAGAGAAAUUUCAAGUCAAAAAGUUGCAAGUUUGAUCCGGAUGGAUCAUUUGUAGCUGAUAUGAAUGCCUUAAACAAUGAUAAGAUUGUGGACAGGACUAAUUCUCGCGGAUCCCGGCUAUUUAGGCUUGUGUUGGGGCAAAGGUCCUUCAAUGGGGAAGUUGAUGAAGAUGCAGAAGACUUAUUGGAACGUGCUGAGAUUGCAGCCAACCUUUUGGACCUCAAGUGGUCUACGAAUCUGAAAUUCGACCAGCUACCUCGUCGAGAAAGAAAGAACACUAGGGGUGGUACCUUGGAGAAUGGUUUACAUUCAUCUAAGGUUGAUGAUUUGCAUGCUCAGCAAAGGGAUUGUUCUCAUAGUGUCCUUGAUAUGUUUGAUGUUGCGGACUUUGAAAAGCUACCUAAAUUUCAAAAAUCUCGCACCAUUAGUGUAUAUCGGCCACAUCGAAAAGCCAACAAGGUUAGGGCAGAUACCCCAACAUCUGAACAGCUAGCAUCCUUGAAUCUGCAGGAAGGAAGGAACUUGGUAACCUUUCGUUAUUCGACAGCUAUGUUGGGGACACAGAAGAUUGAUGCUCGGAUAUAUUUGUGGAAAUGGAACACCCGAAUAGUGAUAUCGGAUGUGGAUGGAACAAUUACAAGGUCUGAUGUUCUAGGUCAGGUCAUGCCUUUAGUCGGAAUCGAUUGGUCACAAACCGGUGUUGCACAUUUAUUCUCUGCUAUCCAGGAUAAUGGAUACCAACUACUUUUUCUUAGUGCUCGUGCAAUUUCUCAAGCCUGCCACACCAGACGAUUCCUAUUCAACCUUAAACAGGAUGGGAAAGUAUUACCAGAUGGUCCGGUCGUCAUUUCCCCGGACGGACUUUUUCCUGCUCUGUAUCGAGAAGUUAUCCGGAGAGCUCCUCAUGAAUUCAAAAUUGCAUGCUUAGAGGAAAUAAGGGCACUUUUCCCUCCUGAUUGCAAUCCAUUCUAUGCUGGUUUCGGAAAUAGGGAUACUGAUGAACUCAGCUACCUUAAGGUUGGAAUCCCUAAAGGAAAAAUCUUCAUAAUCAAUCCCAGGGGAGAGAUUGCUGUAAAUUGUUUCGACGCGCAAUCAUAUCCUUCUCUUCAUGCCGUUGUAGAUGGAAUAUUCCCCCCGACAGACUCGUCUGAGCAGGAGGAUUUCAAUUCAUGGAACUGUUUGCGGUUGCCCUCGGUGUCAUAAAUCUUAGCAGAAUUAAAUCUCUGUCUAGUUGUGGCUGUGCUGCUUCAGGAAUUGUACAGGUGAAUCUGUAGCUAUGGCCAAUGACCACAGCAUUGUAAAGAUAUAUGGAUUGAUUUGUUGGCACUUAUCAACACUCCAUGGAUGGGAGAUUUGUGAAGAAGAGAGGAGGAAGUGUCUUCUAACCAAUAAGUUCUUCUAACCAAUGUCACUAUCAAGCACAGCAUAUAGUAUUAGAAAGGGGGGAAACAAUAGUGAGAAGAGAGGAGGAAGUUUCUUUUGUUUCUUCUAUAUUGUACUAUGCUCCACUUUAUUGUGUUGAGCUAUUUUUUUCGGAAAAAAAAAGAGAGAGAGAAAAUCAGAGGAAGUGUUUUAACACCUGUUUUCUAAUUUGUGUGUGAUUUUUUGACAUAAUUUUUUUUUCUUUUUUGUUAUGUAAAUCAACAUUUAUAUGUAUCAUUUAUGAAAGUGCAGGCUGUAUUUUUGGCAAGUUGCCUG